AUGGUGCAUCCAGUUCGAUUCAAGUCCGGGGCCCGAAAGGUGUCCCCGCCCCAAGCUACCUUCAUGAAUGACGAGCAACUAGCUCAAUAUCUUCAAGAUCUACGAAAUAACCGCCCAUCUCGCCCGAAUGGCUCACGGCCGCUGCCCACGAAAGGCGAUGCCUUGACACCGGACCCAAGGGAGGCCCCACCAAGAGCAUCUUCUGCUCUGUCAAUGUCCAGACCAUCUGAAAUGUCCAGAGGAAAUUCACCCUUUCCCCGUUCUUCCAGUGCUCUGUCCCAUCGCCGGCAUACCUCGGAGCUAUCGCCUCAAAAUGACACAAGCGAAUUUCACGGUAUUCCGGAGGAUGAGGUAUCAGAGAUCCGGAGAAAUGUGUCCUUUGCUUCAACAGUACCUUCAGUCACGUCGCCCAGCGGGUAUUACCGGGAAAAUGGGCAUAGAUUGAUAGAAAAACAGGAAGCACGCUCACUACGGAACGCUCUAGAAGAAAUGGACCUCCAAGAUGAAGAAAGGCGACUCUUUGAUGCAGCGCAAGAAGAAGCCGUUGAGCUGGUAUUGCAACACCAAAAAUAUGGAUUUCCAGAAGAAAACCCUCUUGCUCCGUACCACAAUCCAGAUAUGAAACGCCCAAAUCCAUUCCAACGUCAUUUUCAAAAUCGAAGCCCUACAGUAGGGAAGCUUGAAUUGCAUCAGUCCGAAUCGGAGAACCCUGUCGUGACCAGUCCGGCAACUGCCCUUGAGGACCCAUUUAGGGCGCCCAAUGGUAAAAAAAUAGGCGAUAGUGAUACAACAUUGUCAGCUCGACAAAACCUGAAAAUUGCUGCUAGAAGAGACGAACGACAUGAUGCAUUACAGUCAAAAGUAAACCCGAAAACAUCUGGUACUCGUUUUACAAGGGGGUUAUUCAGAAAUCCAGAAGAUCAAAUCUACGAAGAACCAGAACAGUCAGAUUCUCAAAAUGAAAAGACAACGAAUGCAUUGUCGUCAACCACCUCAGCAUUGAGGCCGAAGCCAAAGAAUUCUCUUCCUCGCGGUGCCCGGCCCCUUCCUGGACGAUUUAAUACCACUGGAAGUGAGGCUAAAUCCGUAUUCGACCGCUACAAAAGCCCCUUGGUCCAAUCAAAAAAUCCCCUUUAUAAGACAAACUCGUUUCCCGUUACUCCAUCUAUACAAGAGAAAGAAGACACGACACCCAUGAAGGAAGGACUAGAAAUUCGUGGUGAUGAUAUACGUGCUGCUACGAGCAUGAAGCUCAAGGAUCGGAGUUCCAAACUCCCUAUGCCCUCAGCUGUCAGUGAUGCGCCCGGUCGCCCCAUUGUUAGUUUUGACCCUGACUGGAAAGCUCCAGAGAAGGAAGCCCUCUCCGAUUCAAGAGGCGUUGGACACUCCGCCGGUGAGUCGUCUCCACAGUUCGCGAUUGAGACUUCCUCUUCUCCAAAAACGACAGGCCCGAGUACAAUCAAUGGAGAAGACCGCCAGUUCUCCGAUAUUCCAGCGAUUAACAUCGCCGGUGAAGAAUCGGCUGGCCCAUCAAUAGUAAUAUCAGAAUUAGGGCCUCCUAUUUCUGCCAUGACACCUCAGCAAGUGCAGAAACCUCGAGAGCUUCCUGACCCCAAAAAGUACUCUCAGCAGCAACGGGCAAAAAAAUCUGCAGCGACCCAGAACCGUUACAACCACAUUACGCCAACAAAUACCAAUGGACCUACAGCCACCUGUGCCGCCUGCAGUUUGCCAAUAUCCGGCAGAAUAGUAACAGCUUGUAAGAAUCGUCUUCACCCAGAAUGCUUCACCUGCGACCACUGCAACACACCCCUUGAAUGCGUUGCUUUUUAUCAGGAACCCGAAACAAACCGUGCAGAUCGACUCGCUAACUCGGACGAUGGUGAUUUGGAUGCAACCAACCCCCGCUUCUACUGCCACCUGGACUUUCAUGAACUCUUCUCUCCGCGGUGUAAGAGUUGCAAAACUCCCAUCGAGGGAGAAGUCAUUGUCGCGUGCGGCGCAGAAUGGCACGUUGGUCAUUUCUUCUGCGCUGAGUGUGGGGAUCCGUUUACGCCGCAGACGCCGUUUAUUGAGAAAGAGGGCUAUGCAUGGUGUGUGCGGUGUCACUCUCGUCGAACUGCGGAUAAAUGCCGAGCAUGCAAAUUGCCGGUACUAGAAGAAGUAAUUGUGACAGCGCUCGGGGGCCAGUGGCACGAGAAGUGCUUUGUGUGUUGCGAAUGUGGAGGAGGGUUUGGGCCAGAAGGGCGAUUCUUUGUCCGGCAAGGGAAAGCGAGGUUUACGGCGAAAGGAAGACAGAUUGGGGGUCCGGUAGAUACGGCAGCGUGUGAAGCCUGCGAGGCAAGGAGGCUGAAGGCUUGA